GUUGUUACUUUGCGCUAACAACGUCAAAACAGAUACAGCAAUCUUUUGAAGCAGACGACUAUUUUCAAGCAGACGACAAUUUACAAUGAAGAAAACAACACAAAGUGUUGAGCGUCUUCAAGACAUGUUGAAACAUUCAUCCAGAAAGAGGAAGCGUUCCAAAAGCUCGGAUGAGGAAUCGCUACCCCCAGCAAAGCGUCCAAGGAAGAUGGUGGCAGUGGUUCCACUAUUUCCAAGGACGUUUUUACUAAAGGUCAAGAAAUGGCAAGACAGGAAAAGAAAAAUUGAAUUAGGUAUGGCUCUAUACAUAGAGGCACAGUUGAAGAAAAUGGCCGACACAUCAUCUUCGCCACCAGAACCCACAGUUUCAUUAUCAGUUGAAGCAUUAGAGGGAAUUAAGGCAGCCGAGCAGCUUAUUGAAGAAAUCUCGGCCGAGAUCGCCGCUUCUUUUCCAAAGCGUUGUGGAAUCAUCAAGAGGCUGGAGGUCAACAAUGUUGCAGACGACAGUGUCGAGGUCAAGGUCGUUCCAGUAAAGCGCCGUGGCGGAUGGAGGAAAAAGGGAGAGAAGCGAUACUAAAUUGAGUGAUAAAAAGACCAAAAAAAAGAACAUAAAAUGAACAAAAAUGCUUUAAAAAAAAGAACAUAAAAAAGACAAAAAUGCUUAAAGCAAACGUCGUUUGGGGGUUUUAAUAAGAGACAUGGCGUCACUUGUCAGGUUGUCCCUUUCAAAAAUCUUGGAAAAAAAGAAGCAUAUUAAAUAUGAUAAACAAGAUAAACAAGGAGAGGCGGCGUUCAAUGAAAGCAGCCCCCACACGACCCAGCAACAAGGAUCAGCGGCCAGGAGCCCAGGAGGACCCCAAACAAAAACAGGACAGGGCACAAGGCAGGGCACGGACAGGAUAAUCACUUCAACAAUAAGUAAAAGGAAAUAAUAGUUACCAACAAAAUUACAUGAAAAUUGCAGACUUGGUUUGAUUGAAUCUGUACAUGAGGGUAAUGAAAAAGUGCAUAUGAGAUGACGAAUGGUGUUAAUUUAAACUGAAAGCGGGACUUUCAGAAGUAACAGCUGAGAUGACAAUUACCUGAUUUGGUUUUUUAACAUUUGAGUUUUCCAGCCGAAAGAAAACGAAAUAAAAAAUUUAUAGGCUGGUAGAAUUUGUUAACUUUAUAUAUUAUGUCCAC